GGUGGGGGGUGGAGAGGGAUGUCAAGCGCCAGCGCUGAGGCUGCGGUUGCGGCUGCGGCUCUUGGGGGAGGAGGACUAUUUGCUGUCUGGUUUUGUGGUGGGAGAGCGCGUGGUCGCCGGGCUGGCGGACGGAUCUCCUUCCCCUCUCCUUCUCUCUCUGGCUUGCCCGCAGCGGAGGGAUACGCGGCCGGUUUGAGCUGGAUGUCGGUGGCGGUGUCGAGCAGCGGCGGGACAGGCCAGACGGGCCCUGAAGUGGCGCCUCCUUUAAGCCAGGGAACGGUGUCUGACUGAUUUGACCCCCCCCCCCAACCACCACCAUCACGCACCCGCCCCCAUCGCGUUUCUUUGUCUCUCUCCGAUUUCAGCCAGAGCGUUUCUGUGGAGAAAGAUGUCAGUCGGGUGAAGUGUGAUUUUCUUGGCGUUUCGAGUCGGGGGGUGGGGAGGGAGGAGGCGAUGGCGGCGGGUCCGCGGAUGGAACUGGUCGGCAAGCGGUUUGUGUGCGUGGGUGACAACGGCAGUGAGUUGGACGUGUCGAGAAUCCAUGAAUGGGAAUGGCGAGCCGGGGUGAUCAGGGCUGUCUCUUACAAAGAGACCUCCAACAGUGAACUGUCGGCUUAUGUGGAAUUUGAUGAUCUAGAAUGGGAAAAACGUGAAUGGGUUAAAGUCUAUGAGGACUUCCAGAUUUUCUUGGUCGAGCACCAGCUGGUCUGGGCUAAAAGAAACAACCCCAGCCAGUCUCAGGGAUCAAAGAAUAAGCAGAUUGAGUGGCCCGCUUUGACAUUCAAGUCCGUAGUGGGAAAGCCUGUGCUUCAUUUAUUAAUUGCAAUAGAAUUCUUCGUGGAUAAACAACUGAAUUUUAUACCUGGGGAUAGUGCUUUCCAAGUCUACCAGGAUGAUAUAGACAGUCUGAGCCCAGUUCUCAGAGACAACCCCCCGCUUCAUGAAGAAGUGAAAGCCUGGGUUAAAGAACAAAAAGUUCAGGAAAUUUUUAUGCAAGGUCCCUAUUCAUUGAAUGGCUAUAGAGUGCGAGUAUAUAGACAAGAUUCUGCCACCCAGUGGUUCACUGGUAUCAUUACUUACCAUGAUCUUUUAAGUCGCACUAUGAUCGUGAUGAAUGAUCAGGUGCUAGAACCUCAGAAUGUCGAUCCUUCUAUGGUACAAAUGACUUUUUUGGAUGAUGUUGUUCAUUCUCUGCUGAAAGGUGAAAACAUAGGCAUCACAUCAAGACGAAGGUCUCGCUCUAAUCAAAACAGUUCAGUUCAUGGUCAUUAUACACGUGCUCAAGCCAAUAGUCCACGAUUAGUGAUGAGCUCCCAGAGUAAUUCUGGGAAGCAGAAUCAGCAACAACGAAUCAUCCGCUCAAAUAAAAGGAAAGAAUCUGAUUUCAGUAUACUGGAAGAAGAUAAGACAGAGGAUAAACAUGAAAAUGAUGUAAAAGAAGAGUCUUCUAAGUGCAAAAGAAAGCAUUUGGUUAAUAAAAGGAGGAAACCAGCAGGAGAUGAAAAUCAAGCGACUUCAGAAAGACUGAAAACAAAUCAUAACUCGGACACAGACAGCAGUGAAUCUGAAAACUCUGUCAACAAAGUUAUCUUAGAUUCUUCCUCUGAGCAGAGUUCAGAAAAUGAACUGACAAACAAGAUAAUUUUGGGUAAAAAUAGAGAUGAAAACAUCUUUCAGAACAAUACAGAAAUGGGGGAAAAGAUGGUAAUUGAUAACUCUUCUUACUGUGAUAAGAUGCAAGAAGUUAAGAAGGACAAUGAAAUUCAGAGGCCUGAACUAGUUGAUAUUAAUAUCCAUAAACCAGAAAUUGAUUGUCAACAGAGUAUAACAUCACAAGAAGUAGCUAGUGGUUGUAUUAGUGUAGAAGUAAAAACCAUCAACGAAUCUGUGCAACCAUCUCUGGAAAGGGUGUUACAGUUACCUGUACAGAAACCUACACUUGGUUUCAGUAAUGGAACUUCAUCUGAAAAUGUGCUUCAUGAAGCUGGUGAUAUCUCUUCUCUCAGUCUUGUAUCUCAGAAAAUGGAAAUCAAUUCUGUGAACUCAACACAUUCUGUUUCAAAAGAGCAUAUAUCAAAUAUUCAAAAACCUGAGGUAGAUUUAGAUUUGAACAACAGAAUGAACAGAAAAUUCAAAUCUCAAUUUAAUGAAUUCUCUGUUGUUACUGAACGCAACAAUAAUUUGGAAAAAGAAACCGCAUUGAAUGCUUCAGGACCACAAUUCAGCGUUUCUGUUCAUGCUACCAACAAAAUCAGUAAACCAAAUAAAGUGACCACUUCACCUGAAAUGCUGAAGCCGGAUGUUUCUUAUCCUCGCAGCCCGGCUGAUUCAGUUUCCAGAUCAACUUCAAGGUGCAGAAAUGAGUCAUCAACUUUCCAGCCUUUUCCUGCAAGAACGUUUGUGGAAACUACAAGAAGCCCUUUAAUUAUUGAUAAAAAUGAGCAUUUUACUGUAUACAGGGAUCCUGCUUUGGUUGGGCCUGAGCCAGGAACAAAAUCUUUGUCACUGUAUUUGCAACCGCAUCUUCACCCCCUUCACACUUCAGCACAUUCAACUUGUUUGACCACAAAUUGUUCUAAUUUAUCUGUAAGAGUAUCGUCACAAAAUUCUGCAAGAUCUGCACAGACUUGUGCUUCUAAUGAUGCUCGGGCUGUCAGCACUGUGUUGUCCCACUCACUUCACUCUUCUCACCUUCUUCCUGGAGUACUACCAGGAGUUCCAUCACCAUCUUUGGUAUGUCGACAUUUAGAUUCUGUGCAUGCAAGAAAUUUGAGCCCUUUAACACUGACACAAUGCCAGCAACCGUUUUUGCAGCCACACUCGUCUCAGCUUGUUGGCCGGACUUGCCCAUCUGCUCCUUAUAAUCAGCUUGGAGUCUAUCCUGUUAUCUGGCAGUAUUCAAAUGGCACAACUCUGUCUUCGGCUCUAAGUAUGGCUUCGUCUAAGUGGAUUCACCCUGAAAACUCAGUGAGUGCUGAAGCUUUUCAGAGGAAUGCAUCCAGUCCUUGGCUACCUCAGCACACCACUGUGACCUCAGCUGAUGAUCUGGGGUUACUAAACCACAUUCCUGUUCGUCCUGCCAGUGCUGAACCUCAUCGACCCUUGAAACUGGCCUCGUGUUCUAGUCCACCUUUGUCUAAGCCAACUGUAAAUCAUCAAAAAGAAAAAAUUGACAAGAAAACUUUACUAGAAUGGAAUGAAUCAGUUACUUCUGCUCAAAUGAAACUUAAACUUAAUCAUGAUGACCCUUCACAAGGAAUGGAAAACCAGCUGGCCCAAGGAUUUAUGAACACAGUCCUUUGUCAGAAUAAGCCAAAAAGAUCAACGCAGGAACAAUGUGACAGUCACAAUAAAUACAAAGAGGAAAGUCGUAGGAUUCUACAGGAAAGUAUUGAAGUAGCUCGUCUUGCUUCCACAAUCAAAACAAACAAAUCUGCUAAAGGUGGCAGUUCUAGAAUUAUACCUUUGCCUAAUGAGAACCUAAAACCCCAGAACAUAAAACAGGAUAGUGAAACUAAGUAUUAUGCAAUUCAACUUCGUGCAGCAAAGAACUCAGUACCUCAUUCUGUGCCCCAAAGCAACUACUUUACUACUUUGUCAAACAGUGUUAUAAAUGAGCCACCUCGGUUAUAUCUUUCUAAAGAUGCAUAUAGUGAGAAAACAAAUUCUUCAUCUCCUGCUCUCCCUUCCUAUAAUAAGACUCUUUCCAAACCUCCUCCACUUAUUAAACAUCAACCUAAGGGCGAGGGAACAGCUGCCAAAUCUACAGGACAGUUUUCCCAUCAAGUAACUUCUCAAAGUCAUGACUCAAAUACUUCUGAUCACAGGGGAAUUACAGAAAAGUUGCCAGUUUCACCAUCAGUUGUUAGGGGAGGUAUGCCAUCUCUACAUAGAGCUCCUGUUCACCAACAUACAUCUCAUCAAGUUGCAGACCGAAAAGAAGGUAGCUGUCGCAGUCUCUCCCCACCAACCUUAACUCCAGUGCUGCCUGUCAACGCUGCUAAGCUUUCUGAAUCGCAGAAACCUCCUACUUUGCUGCCGGAGCCAAGGCCUGAAGUAAAAUCUUGUAUGAAUAAUCAUACAGUCAAGUCUACUAACAGUUGGAACACUACUACAGGAUUUCUUUGUAAGCCUGUUAGCCAUUUGGACAACAAAAACAGUGAAAUAUUGCAAAUGUCCCCAACAUCUGUUAUUGUAAGACCACCUUCUAUAGUUAAGCAAGAAAGUAAAGCAGAAAUUCAAUGUAUUGCAAAGGAUUCAGGAAGGGAACGGGUGUUAAUACAAUCAAAUUCCUUUAAUUCAAAAGUCAAAGAAAUGUGUACAAUAAUUUUGCCGAACAUGAAAAUGGAUACUACAAGUAUGGAACAUGAAAGAAACUUUAAAGCUUUCCAUCCAGGCAAUAAUUCAGACUCCAGCGCUGAUAUCAAUUCCGUAUACGAUAACAAUCCUGACCCUUCAACUUCUCAACUUAUAACAACUAACAUUUUGAGUGCCAAAGAAACAAAUAUAACUUCAGGCCAGUCACGCACCCUUAUCAAUAACAGUGUAGUAGAAUCUUCAGAUCAUUUAAGAACACAGAUAGAGGAAUGCACAAUUGAUACAAUAUCUGAUAAAGUUUCCUCAGCAGAUGUCGCAGGAACAGGAGCCACUGUGCAAGGUGACACAGGAAUCCCAAAUGCAACUGAUUACUACCAUCUGAAGAAACACAAAGCUGCACUGGUUAUGGCCCAUUCUGGAAGUUCUCUUCCUUAUAACAAUGAGUCUGCAAGUCUCAAAAUUGAUAACAGUUCAGCAUCUCUACUUCCCAAAAACACUGGAACAAUCGGUGUAUUUUGUAAAGUAAAUUCUGUCACCAAUGGCCAGAUUUCUCAAUCCAGUCAACCUAGUUUUCACACAAAAUUGAAAAAAGCUUGGUUAACUAGACAUUCGGAAGAAGACAAAAACACAUGUAAAAUUGAAAAUAGAGAAACUAUGGGGAGUGGUGCAAAGGAGCCAAUUACAAUUAGUUCAUCAGCUUCCACGACAGAUGAUGUGGACAAGAAAGCUCACUCUGGAGUGAAAACUGAGCAGGAUGAAAAAAAAACAAGAGGAACGAAAAGAACUUAUGAAUCUGGCUCUGAAAGUGAUGUAUCAGAUGAAGGUGAAAAUAAAUUGGAGCAUAGGGUCAAGCGUCAACCCAAGCCAACCUAUAAAAAGAGGCAAAAUGAUCUGCAAAGGCGAAAAACUGAAACAGAGAGGGAGGAGGUGGAAAUAAAACCAAAUGGUACUUUAUAUAAGAAUGCAAAGGAAAAGAAAAGUAAACUUCAGAGCAAUGGUUUACCACGUUCUGUCUUGAAAGACUGGAGAAAAGUUAAAAAGCUUAAGCAGACCGGGGAACCUUUCCUGCAAGACGACUCGUGCUCUGAAAUAGCCCCAAAUCUGCAAAAGUGUAGGGAAUGUCGCAUGAUUCGUUAUCGGAAAAAUGAGGAGUUCAGCCAGUCAGCUGUAUUCUGCAGAUUCUAUUACUUCCGCCGACUGGCAUUCAGUAAGAAUGCUGUACUAAGGACUGAUGGGUUUUCAACUCCAGGCCAGUAUGAUGAUGAAGCAAUAAACUUGUGGCUGCCAAAAUACUCUGCAGAUCUGAAUUUGGACACAGAAUCUUCCAAGUACAUAUUGAGAAAUAUUGGAGAUACAUUUUGUCAAAUAGAGACGUCUGAGAAGACUGCUAUGACAUGGUUGAAACCAGAUGCCAAAUUAGCCUGGAAGAGAGCCGUAAAAGGAGUUCAGGAAAUGUGUGAUGCAUGUGAAGCUACAUUGUUUAAUGUCCAUUGGGUUUGCCAGAAAUGUGGAUUUGUGGUCUGUUUGGACUGUUACAAAGCAAAGGAAAGAAAAGGUUCCAAAACUGUUAAAGAAAUUUAUGUCUGGCUGAAGUGUGUCAAAGGUCAAGUUCAUGAUCCAAAAAGCCUGAUGCCAACACAGAUUAUUCCUGGCUCUGUUUUGACAGAUAUUGGAGAAUUAGUGCAUUCUAUCAAUGACAGCUGGAAAAUUGCUGCAAGUUAUCCCUGCAAGGAACAAAAUUUGCAAACUUCCAAACCCUCUACAACCAAUGGAGUUUUGCAGUGUGUCCUAAAUCGCAGUGCAAUCAAGUCAGUGGCUAAGCAACGUUCUGCAGCAGAGAACUUGGAGAGUAACAUCACUUUAAAAAGCUGUGGAGGAGACAUCACUACAGACAAAAACAAAGAAUCACUUGUAUCCAAGGUAGUGAAGGUGGAAUUAAACCAAAUUCACAAAACGGAGAACUGUAAAACUGCUGCUGUCAGCAAUGACCAGGGGUCAACUCUGCGGGAUUUACUUACUACAACAGCUGGCAAAUUGCGUUUAGGUUCAACUGAUGCUGGCAUUGCCUUUGCCCCAGUGUUUUCUGCAGAAACACCUACUGUCGGAGGUGCAAGAAGCAUGCCAAAUCUCUUGGAUGACAUAAUCGCAUCAGUUGUUGAAAAUAAAAUCCCAGCAAGUAAAACAGGGAAGUCACAUGGGAAAGAAGAAACAAACCAAAAUUUUCAGAAAGAAAUUAAAAACCUAAGUUUAGACUCUAUCAGCAAAAAUUCUUCAGAAGUACCAUAUUCCUGGCUUUGUGAGGGAAAUGUACUGUGGCUUCACAAUCCUGGACACCCCAGCAAUUGUAAGAUAUUCAGAGAAUGCUGGAGACAAGAACAGCCUGUUCUUGUGUCUGGCGUGCACAAGAAACUAAAUUCCAACCUUUGGAAGUCUGAAAGCUUUAAUAAGGAAUUUGCUGACCAGAAAGCUGAUCUAAUUAACUGCAAGGAUGGCAGUAUAAUAUCCAGUGUAAAAAUGCAAAACUUUUGGGAUGGUUUUGAAGAUAUAACUAAGCGGUUAAAGUCCAAGAGUGGGGAGUCUUUGUUACUGAAGCUCAAUGAUUGGCCUUCUGGUGAAGAUUUCAAAAACAUGAUGCCUUCUAGAUAUGAUGACUUUAUGAAAAAUUUACCACUGCCACAGUAUUGUAAUCCUGAAGGAAGUUUAAAUCUGGCAUCUCGACUACCAAAUUUCUUUAUCCAGCCAGAUUUGGGGCCGAAAUUGUGUGGUGUUUAUGGACAGGCCACAGUUGACGAACAUGGAACUACUAACCUCCAUCUAGAUGUUGCUGAUGUAGUCAAUGUCCUUGUCUAUACUGGAGUACCAGAAGGGAAUGGAAACAAUCAUGGCGCAGCUAUCUUGAAACAAACUGAAGAAGAAAUUGAUGAAAGCACAAAGAGUAGAUUGAAGAACAUUGAUGAGAUUCCAGGUGCUUUGUGGCAUAUCUUUUCAUCCAAAGAUACAAACAAAAUAAGGGAGUUUCUGCAAAAGAUUAAUGAGGAAUUGGGUCAGGAAUCUUCUGAACAUGAUCCACUCCAUGAUCAAGUCUGUUACCUGGACAAGAAACUGCGCCAGAGGCUCUAUAAGGAAUGUGGAAUACAGUGCAGGUCCAUCUUGCAGUUCUUGGGUGAUACACUCUUAAUACCGGCUGGGACACUGCGUCAGAUGCAGAGUAUUUAUAGUUGCAUUCAAGUUUCUGAAGACUUUGUGUCACCUGAACAUAUACAACACUCUUUUCAUCUGACACAUGAGCUAAGACACCAGUCAAAAGAUGAGAUAAACUAUGAGGAUAAACUGCAGAUAAAAAAUAUAAUUUACCAUUCUGUUAAAGAUGCUGUGGGAAUUCUGAGACUGCAGGAAGAAAAGGCAGAUCAGAAAGUUUAAUAUUUUCUGAGUAAUGUGACUUCGUCACCUUUGUUCAAAACUGAACAUCUACAGUGCCGAGAAAAGUUUUGCCAUAGUGGCUGAUAUAAUUAUUGGCCAAUAUGUCAAAAUUAAUACAAGCAGAAAAAAAUAAAUGUAUCUAUAACAGUCUGUGGAAAAAUAGCACUGUGUGUUCCAUGUACUAUAUUGUACAUUUGAAAAUGACACAUUGUAUUUAUUUUUAAAAAUUUGUUACAGAACUUUAUGCUGUGUUAUAGAUCUAAUGUAAAUGUGAUUUGUACAGUUUAGUUUGCAAAAACUGAUAUUUUUCACUACAUAGAGACAGUUACUGUGAAAAGGUGGGUGCAAUUUACCAGCAAUGCCUAUUUUCUAAUCACUGAAUCGCACAGUCAUCCUAAAAGUCCUGCCUAAAGAAGUAAACUUUGAAGUUCCUUAUUGUAUGGAAAAUGACUGGAUGGAUAUUCUAUAUACAUUAGCUUUUAAUUAAGUGUUCAUUGUUAACAUUUAAACAUUUUACAGCGUUGUAAUUUAUUCAAACUGACAUUCUGUUUUAUAUUAGUUAUUGUGAACUUUUGCAAGCAAAAUGACUUUUAAAAAGAGAAAGUUGUUAUUCUAUGUAAAUGCAUACAUAUAUAUUAUACAUCAAUAAUGUAUUUUUUUAAAGCAUAGCUUGCUUCAGUUUGUUAAACUACAAGUGUCAUAUGCUUUAUACAUUAAAAUUCAAAAGGGUUUUACAUUUUGCAAUAAAAUUGAUUCAUCUGUUA